CUCCAGUCACGAAAAAACCCAAACUUGAAGAGGAAGACGACGGUUAUAAAAUCUAUGUGGGAGGUAUGAGGUUGAAAGACGUGCCAGAUGAGGAACCGGAGUGGGAUGUGGACAGCUACGACGGUCGCGAAUACCAAUCAGAUCCCGAAGAUCGUAAGUAUUUCUCAGACGAAGACGAGUACAAUGAAUACCGUCUUGACAAGCGCGAGAAAUUGGAGAGUAAGGGGUUUAUACCAGAUUUCGCAAACGGAAUCCACAAUUUUGGUAAUCUGGACGAACCAGCGGGUAAAAACAGGACUAUUAAUGAUGAGCUGACAGAGCUGGCUUCCGUGUGCGUUAAGAAAUUCAACGAGGAAAAGGGAAAGUGUGUGGAAUUGGUGAGUAUUGUGCGAGGUAAUAUAAGUGGGGGACCUCAUUUGAAGGUUUAUAUAACGUUUAUGGCUCGGGAGUAUGAGAAUGGGCCUCUUGUAGAGUAUCAAGCCAAGGUGAUGAGGUACGCUGCACAUCGUAAACCUCCCUCUCCCAUACUCUGCCGACCAAGCCCUAAACCCACAUCUAAACUUACAUAGAUGGUUAUCUGUUAUUUACAGACCCUUAUAAAUUGAGGCGGGAGCUUGUGAAGCAUGAAGACAUAUUCAAGUUAGGCUCUCGAUCUAGUUUAUCUGAAUGUAAGCGGAAAGUUGUGAGUUACAAUUAUAGAGUUUAGUGUUUGAUGCUAUGUAUCUUAUCAUUUGGAUUAUGAAUUUGGUGACUUUGGUUACAGUAGUAGUCGAAUGAAAUGGAACCGGUUUUUUUUCUAA